AUGGCUCCGGCGCCAACGUCAACCCCUUCAACGUCUGGAACACCUUUGCUGGCAACGGGUUCCUUUUCCACCGGUUUCCCAAGGCCAUCGUCUUUCCCCAUUCCAGAAGCCCUAAUUUCAACUCGAACGUCGUAUCUCACAAGCACGACGACAAGUCUAACGGCAUGCCUUACUCUAAUGAUUGCCCUCUCGUACCUCGUCGCUCUUUCGUGGGCGUACAAGUACGCACGGAAUAACCCAAAGGCCUUGAAUAAGACGUCUGGUGUUCGGCUGCAACGAUAUGCCCCUCCUGUGUACAUAUUCUUGGUUUUGAGCAGUCUGAUCGAGGUUGCGAUUGCCAGUUGGUUGGUACUUCAAUACCGAUUCAACCACAACUAUCCAAAUGUACAAACACGCACCGGAGCCAGGAUGCUUCUUUUCUCGGCCUGCUGGACCGUCUUGACAGCGGGGACAUACACGCUCCUUUUCCUCCAUCCGACGUGGUCGAAGCACCCCGUGUCGUCCAUAGGUGCCCAAGCCAUCUGGGUAUUCGUUUCUUGGCUCUUCUGGAUCGUUGGUUCCGGAAUACUCAACUCUGCGGUUCCGUCUUUGCUGGUCAAGGGUAGCUGCAGGGGUGUAGUCUAUUGUGGGCAGCUUCGCGCUUUAUUUGCUAUAGCCGUGUUAGAGAGGCGGAAUGGUGACGUUGACGUGGCUGGUCUGGCAGUCCGCCCGCAACACGUUGUUUCCAGGCAGCUUUCCCGUGCUGGCCAAGAAGGAAGCGGAACUUGA